UAGAAAAUGAAUAGCUUAAAUGUAGUCAACUGGCAGAAGACACAGUCUUAUUGCUAGAAGACAAAGAUCAAGUUAAGAGAGCAUUCGGUUGUUUUUGUGCAUUCACUCCCCCAUACUGGGCUUUACUCUGAAUGUUAAAAAACGCUAAUUGUUUACCUUGAGGAUUGGACAAGACAUGUUGAAUACAUGGCAUCCUAGUCAAAGAUGUCAUUUGCUAUUUAGGAUGAUGUUCAGGCUUCUGCUGAUCCUCUGCCUUGGUCACUGUCUCCCUGCUGUCUUUGGGGUAAAUUCAGGUAUCACAGCUCAUAUUGGAGACACUGUCAUAUUGCCCUGUAAUGGACCAGCAGAUACAGACACAAAGGAGGUUGAUGUUCUGUGGCUGUUUGGAGGCAAACUUGCCUGCUGGUUUAAUGGCAGCUGGUGUGAAACUGGUCAUUAUGUGAACCGAACUCGACUUGGAUCCAUCCAACAGAACAACGUCUCUUUGGUCAUUACUGGUGUCAGAAUAGAAGAUAAAGGGGAGUAUAUGUGUCGAAUCAAUGGUACAGACAUACAAAGCAGUCGGCUUAUUAUUAAUGGAGACGGGAAGCGAGUGGAGGCAGAGACGCCCCCUGGAGAUCCUGUUUGCAGGCCAUACAGAGAGAGAGAAGAUCCUCCAGGCGCAGAUUGCACAGCAUGUGUGUAAGUUUACUUAUCAAACUGCAUGUGGGGCACAUAGGAAAUCAACACUCUGCGCGGACUGCGUGAAGGGUGUGGACGGAAACCUGACUUGCAAAGGGGCAACAGAGAAAGGCGAAUGUGAAAAGCAGAAUACUUCCGUUUUCAUCUCUAACUGUAGGAUGAUGUUCAUGCUGCUGCUGUUCCUCUGCUUUGCUCACUGUCUCACAGAAGCAGAUUCAGAGACUAUCACAGCUCAUAUUGGAGACACUGUCAUGCUGCCCUGUGAUGGACCAGCAGAUACAGACACAAAGGAGGUUGAUGUUCUGUGGUUCUUUGGAGGCAAACCUGCCUGCUGGUUUAAUGGCAACUGGUGUGAAACUGGUCAUUAUGUGAGCCGAACUCGACUUGGAUCCAUCAAACAGAACAACUUCUCUUUGGUCAUUACUGGUGUCAGAAAAGACGAUGAUGGGGUGUAUAUGUGUCGAAUCAGCCAUGAAAACAGACAAAUCAUUCGCCUUCACGUUGAAGGAGACGGGAAGCAAGUGGAGGCAGAGACGCCCCCUAGAGAUCCUGUUUGCAGGCCACACAGAGAGAGAGAAGAUCCUCCAGAGAGACGGACCUCGUCGCAAGGUUUACUUACCUCCGGUGACUCUUCCAGUGAAGUCAGUAGAUGGAAGAGCAUGGAUGUGAUGAGGUCGCUGGAAAGAGAAGGAAAUAAUAAUGAAAAAUUGAGGUGGGAGCAGGUUCUGGGUGCUGUACUGAAAGCUGGGACUGGUGUGUUUUAUCUGAUUUGCACCAUCAUCGCCAUUCAGCUGCACUGGAGCACCUAUUGAAAGAGGGGAUCCAAUCAGAGAGAAGCAGAGGGAGGGUCCAAUACAACCCAUGGGUCUUAGGGAAUUGUGAUUAAAUAUACAAGCUUAUUAAUCCUCUUAAAAUGAUUAGCAUACUGUCAUGGCCCGUUCGUGUGAUCCCCGCGUGCCACGCCCCCCUCCUUCAGUGCCCCGUGUGGAAUCCCCAUGUCACCAGCUGUGUCUAGUUUCGUUCAGUGUAGUCUGGUGUAUUUAAGUACCUCCCUGUUCGUCUUCCCGCAGUCCUGUCGUUGACGUUACUCCCUGAUUUGUCCCGUGUGCCUGACUGUCUCCCCAGUGAAACCCUUGUUCCCCCCAAUAAAUCUUUCGCUUCUCGACUUCCUGGACGCUCCUCUAUCUCCUCUCCGUGCCCAUUCAGCACGUAACAAAUAUACCCUCUGUUAAAAUAAGCAAAUGAUCAAAAGUCAAUACUGUAUCAACAGGGCUAUACUGUGUUUGCAGGGAGUGUAUGAUUGUAUUUCAGGAGCGUUUAAGUUCAUGCUGUAGUCAUUUUCUAUGCAUGAAUCUGUGUCAAAUUAAGCUGGGAUGGGGUAUAAACUUUAUGAACCAGAAUGAAUCUGAAGAGCUGUAAAAUAACCAGUUAUGCCAACUGCAGUGAGGCCUCUCUCACAUGCCCCUGCUCUGAGAUUGAUCCGCAGUGUUGGAUUAUCUGCUGGGAAACUGUACAGCUAGUGCUUUGUACCACUGAUGGCCCCUUGUCAUAUAUGCUUUGCUGCCACCUGCUGGUAAAACAGAUAAAGCAGCUUAGCAGAACACAAGCUUUCUUGUUUGUGUUCAGAUUGGAGCAUUUGCUAGUAGUGCUAUGUUCUUAUGUCUUAUACAUGGGAGAAUACUCCUGGGCCUGACCAAACCCACUUCACAUCACAGUGUGCCUGGUAAUGAACAAGCAGACAUGGUCACUAAAGACAUACGAAAGUGUUUGUUUAAUACCACUGUUAAACCUCAAACCACUGAUGAAGGUUUAAUGUAUUUUUGAAUAUUGAAUAUAUUUUGUUUAUGUACUGCCAGUUCAAUUGUAAAUGUUACAACUUAUUAAGUAAUCUAUUGCUUUUUAAAACUUGUAUAAUCACUGGACUUCAGUAUGUUUCUGCUACAUAUUAAUGUUAAAAAUCUUGGAAAAUGGUCAAUUAAAUCUGUUAAAAAAUGCAUUUAUGCAGAUUUAUACAAUAAAGCUAUGCAUUUAUACCGUUUAA